GGGGACUCGCAGCGGCGGCAUCGGAGGUUGGAAGCGCCGCGCUGGGAACGACAGUGGCUGGCGCCGCUUCUCCUCCCUCGCUCCAUUCCUUCUCCUCCGCGGUGGGUUGCGCUCGGCGCAAAUCCCGCGCCCGUCGUUCCUCUUGCUCAGUCAGCCGCCGCGGCGCGCACUGCAGGUCGCGCAACGGGAGAGGGACGAUUUGACGCUGCGACCCCCCCGCCCCCCCGUUUUGGUUUAUUUUAUUUUUUUAUUUUUGUAAUCAUUAUUGUCCGUCCCUGUUUCUUUCCUUGCUCCGCUCCGUGGUCUUUGCCGGCGACAAGGACAGCAGUGCCCCUCGGGGAAGCCGGAGCCCUGCGGAUGCGCCUCCCCGGGACUGGGGGAGCUGACUCGGAGUGGAUUUAUUGACUCGCGGUUGCUUCCGAGCUGCCCGAAACAGCCUGAGCUGGUGCCCGUGCGGAUUGCAAACUGCGGGGAGCAGUGAUAGACAUACAGGAGGAGCCGCCCGCCGAAGCUGUGUCCUUUUCCCCCCGACCCUUUUAUUUCUCCCGCUACCCUUUAUUUUACCUCUUUUUAAUUUAUUUUUUGUUUUACUCCUUUUCACGCGGGCCUUAGACACUGUGAACGCGUAUGGCGCUCUGGAUCCAAAUGGGAGUUGGCAGUUUGAGUGGCAUCUUCCAAGGCAGCCGGGAGACCCCCACUAAGAGGAAGGACUAAGGCGUUUGCUUUUUUUUUAUUUUUUUUUUCUAUUGCUGUUACUUCGGAGGUAGCUUGGAUCUGACCUCACAGGAGAUAUUCCUACAUGCGAGUGGCAUACAUGACUCAGUAGAUCUGCUUGCAGUUCUCGCCAAGUGCAUCGUCGACCCUUACUGAUUUUUUAAAAAAUUUUUUAAAUUAUUCUUUUUUUCCUAUCAAUCAUCCCGGCUGUUGGGAUACCGGGCACCCACCCUGCUGUUGCCGCUCAGGUGCGUGGGAAGGCGCACGGCGGAGUUGGCGAGGCUCCGGGGAGGGACUCGGUGCCGCCUGCGACCAUGGCAGCGCGGAGGCGAGAUGCCUCCGCCUGGAAGUACUGCUGGGGAGCCGUGAUGGUUUUAUGCAGAACUGCACUGGCGCGGUCCAUCGUUUUAGACCCCAUAUAUUGGAAUUCCUCUAACCCCAAAUUCCUUCCUGGACAAGGAUUGGUACUAUAUCCACAAAUUGGAGACAAACUGGAUAUUAUAUGCCCAAAGGUGGACUCUAAAACUAUUGGCCAAUAUGAAUAUUAUAAGGUCUACAUGGUUGAUAAAGACCAAGCAGAUAGCUGUGCUAUUAAAAAGGACAAUACACCUCUACUUAACUGUGCCAAGCCAGAUCAAGAUGUUAAGUUUACCAUCAAGUUUCAAGAGUUCAGUCCUAAUCUCUGGGGCCUGGAAUUUCAGAAGAACAAAGAUUAUUACGUCAUAUCAACAUCAAAUGGGUCUUUGGAGGGCCUGGAUAACCAGGAGGGAGGGGUGUGCCAGACAAAAACCAUGAAGAUCCUCAUGAAAGUUGGACAAGAUCCCAACUCAGCAGGGCAGCCCCGGUACACGGAUCCCACCAGGCGCCCCGAGCAGGAAGCUGGCACCAACGGGAAGAGUUCCACCACCAGCCCCUUUGUGAAGGACCACUCAGGAUCUAGCACAGAUGGCAGUAAGGCUGGGCAUUCCAGUAUACUGGGUUCAGAGGUGGCCUUAUUUGCAGGGAUUGCAUCAGGGUGCAUCAUUUUCAUCGUCAUCAUCAUCACUUUGGUGGUUCUUUUGUUGAAGUACCGGAGAAGACACAGGAAGCAUUCCCCGCAACACACGACAACUCUAUCACUUAGUACGUUAGCCACCCCAAAACGCAGUGGCAACAACAAUGGUUCUGAGCCCAGUGACAUUAUCAUUCCUCUAAGGACUGCAGACAGUGUCUUUUGCCCCCACUAUGAAAAGGUCAGCGGCGACUAUGGACAUCCGGUGUACAUAGUUCAAGAGAUGCCUCCUCAGAGUCCAGCAAACAUUUAUUACAAGGUCUGAGGAACACACAACCAGCUCUGUGGUACAGUUGAGUCGUAGAGGAAACUCACUGGUCAAAUGCUUUCUGUUGGGGUUUGCGAUGACGCCUUGUGCGCUAGCAUUGACUUAAGCACAGGGAGGAGAAGGCAACAGCUCUUUCUCCAGGAACCGACGCGAGCUGGACAGCUUACCUAGUCUGUAGAAUCCCUAUCUCGGUGAAUAAGUAUUCACUAAAAGCUGGAAGACUUUUCUGUAGAAGAUGCCCAUUCUGAUUGCUGUACUCUUGUUACAUUCAUCAUCCUCAAAGCCAUGUGCUGUGGGCAUUCAGGCAUGUACAAAAGCCAAGGGAAGAUGGAGCAAUCCGUGGAUGUUAAUAGCUCUAGGCAUCCUGGGAAGGUGCUCUAGGAUAUAUCAAGCUUGAAAUGCAAUCUUCUGACUUUUGUGUGUCUCUCUCAGUGCGUACUGGAUUUGUCACACAGACCUUGGUGUCUAAGUAAGACUUGUUAAAGUUCUCUUGCUUUUAGUCCGUCACUGUUCCAUUUGUUUCUGUUAUCCGGGGCUCUGCCAUCCUUCACAUAAGAUUUCCUUUCACUCCACCUCCUGAAUCACUAAUGGAACAUUAAUGUUUGGAGAUCCGCACUCCAUCCAUCUGCUACAGCAGCCUCACUCGAAUGGGUAAUGCAUUUAUAAAAAUUGUGUUUGAUAGUAAGGAGCCUUCCAGCCAAAAAGUUAGGCUGUCAACAAAGUCAAGAGCAGGACUGGGUGGUGGAGGGAAGGGCUGAUUGAGGUUGCAAUUGAAUAUUGCUGCCUCAGAAAUAGAAGCUGGGAAGAAAAAAAAAUGCAUUUAGGUAGCACAGCACUUUGGUAUGCUCAGUUUUAAGAGGCAAGUAGGAAACACAAUAACAUGUGCAGUGGAUUAAGGCUGCAUUUGAAGGAAUUCACGGUUAUCAAAUACCACUGUGCAGAAAAAAAUAGUACCUUCAAUACAGUAGAACAAAGGGGUAUUGUUAGUAAGUCAACAAGCCUGGAGAAGACAAGACAAUAGCAGGCCACUGAGGAUGUAUUAGGGCAGGGCUGUUGUGGUACUGGCAAUAAAAUAAACAGCUUUGAAGCUGUAGCAAAAACGUAGUCUGCCUUGGAUGACUUUUAAGCAGACUCAGCUGCUAUACGAUCACAUUAUACUAAACACAGGGAAAGCAUUUAAGAAAACAACUGAGAGCCAAGUGCCUACGAUGAUUAUAAGCCAGUGGGUCAAAUGAGCUAUAAUUCUAUCACUGAUAAAGUUGUGGGGAAAACAAACAAAAAAAAAAAACAAACCACAAAACCUUGCUCAUCUCUGAAAGUAAGGCAGAAUUUCUUUGUGACUGACCCUUUUGGCACUUUGGCUUAUUGUAGUGCUGUCCCUGCACACAGUGAGUGUAGGUACUGACUGACACAGCAGUUCAUUGGUGCUCAGUUGCAAAGUUAAAGCACAUAUGGCAAACCUCUGGCAGUCCGUAAGGGUAAAAUAAAUUAUGACACUGAGAUGGAGAAGGAAAAUAUGUCUUAUUUAUAAUAGGUGUAUAGAACACAAGGGAUAUAAAGUGAGAGUUUUUCUUUUGUUCAUUCUUUCUUACUUUUGGUUUGGAUUUUUUUACUAAUAUAUAUUUUGAGAUUGCACAGAAUCUACACCAGAAGAUGUGAAAUUCAUUUGCGGCAAUUGCAUAGUCUUAACUUGUCAUCACUUUCCAUAUAUGUGUGUGUGUGUGUCUAUGUAUAUACACACAUAUAUAAGUAUAUAUGCAUACGUAUGUAUAUAUAUAUGUAUGCAUAUGCGCACAUUUUUUUUAAAAAUAAACUACUUCUGGAAAAAAAAAAAAAACAGCUAUCCUAAACCACCAGUGGGAGCAUAGUUAAAAAAAAAUUCCAAAGCAUCUUGUAAGAGGAAAGUAGAAAAUAUAAGGUCCAAAAUAUCAGGAAUUCAGUGUUACUGCAUCACUUAUUUAACAGCAACAAGAUGUGCCGGCAUUUAUUUUCUGUGUUGUGUUUUCCCUUGCCUUACAGGGUGAUGUGUUCUGUAGAUUUUGUUGAGGUUCGUAGAGGGGGGUUUCAGGUUAAAGUUUUCUCUUUAGCGUGGCUAUUCCCCUAAAGCUCCCACCAUAGGGAGGAAAUAAAAAAAAACAACCUCUACUUUUAUAUGUGCUAUGCAAAUAGACAUUUCUAACAUAGUCAUGUUACUAUGGUAACACUUCGCUUUCUGAUUUGGAAAGAAAAUGUAGCAACAGCAUUUUAGGGUUCUCAGACCUCUGGUGAGCACCUGCAAGAGAAAAAAAAAGAAAAAAAAAGGAAAGAAAAGAAAAAUAUCUGUCAUAGAAAUGAUCACUCGCUUUGUUUUCUGAACCUGAAGAUAAUGUUGGGAUGUUGGCCCAAAAGAGAGAAACAAAAAACAAAAAAAAUUCCAACCCAUGGUUCUGUGGCAGGUUACCAUGGUGACUAACUACACUACAUAUGUAAUUCUUUUCAACAACCCUUCUUUUCUAUGAAUCUAUCCAUACAAGGUUCUCUUGUAAGUCAUUAAGAUUUUAUUUUGGGGGAGGGGAAGGGAAAAGAUGGGCUUACUGAUCCUUAUUUUUAUUAAAUCAUAUCUAUGCUUCAUCAGUUGGCUACAUUCUAGUUAUAUACUAAACUGUGAAAAAAAAUCAGACUAAUUGCUCAAGAGCAACCUGCAACCAAUUGAAAAAAAAAAAUGUACUGUGCGUCUGUUUUGUGUCUGGUGCAGAAUUAUGACAAUCUACCAACUGUUCCUUUCUUUGACGUUGGUCCAGCUUUGAAAAGUUACUGUAAAUGCCUUGCUUGUAUGAUCAUCCCUAGUCACCCAAAUUGGAAUUUGCACCAUCAUGUCUAAGUGAAGAUGCUGUAAAUAGGUUCAGAUUUACUGUAUAUGGAUUUGGGGUGUUACAGUAGCCUUAUUCACAUUUUUAAAUAAUUAAAAAACCCACAUGAAAACAAGAUAAAAAAGGCUUUUCUUAACCAGAUUGUGUAUAUAGAGCAAUGUUGGUUUUUUAUAAAGUCUGAGCAAGAUGUUUUGUAUAAAAUUUGAAUUUUGCAAUGUAUUUAGCUACAGCUUGUUUAAAGGCAGUGUCAUUCCCCUUUGCACUGUAUUGAGGAAAAAAUUAUAUAAAAGGUUGCCAAAUUGCCGCAUAUUUGUGCUGAAAUUGUGUACCAUGAAUAUUUAUUUAAGAAUUUCUUUGUCCAGUUUGUAAGUAACACAGUAUUAUGCUUGAGUUAUAAAUAAUUUCUUCUUUCUUUUUCUUUUUUUUUUAAUUUUAUUUUUUGGUUUUGUUUGUUUGUUUGUUUCAUUCUGUAUUAAAACUAGCCGGUCAUAAGUUUGAAAUCUGCUUUAGUUCCACAUUGCAAUUAGUUCCCAGAAAAUGAAAAUUAUGAAAAUCACAUUCCACGUCUGUUUCAAACUGAAUUUGUUCUUAAAAAAAUAAAAUACUUUUUUCCUAUGGAAACCUUGCCUUCUAAGUAUUUUCUUCUUUAGUUUUGCAAUUUUUUUUCUUUUUUAAAGGAUGAAAAUAAGUAAGAAAGUCACCAAGCUUGCCUGCUUGCCUCCCCCCGUCUCUCUCUUCCUUCUCUCCCCCCUCUCUCCAACCUGAUUGCUAGUGGUUUAUAGGAAAUCUCCUUAGAGUACACUGACUUCUGUUAGCCUACUUCUUUCAAAUUCUCUCUUCCAUAUAUCAGCAGUUUUUAGGAAUCACCUGGGCAUCUUACGCUCUUGGAAGGCAGUGAACUGCAGUCAGAUGCAGUAGCCAGGUUUCCUGGAUGAUCUUGGAGUUGAGAGUACAACCACAUAAAUAAUUCCCAGACAUUAUGUGGUGGAUGUACUCGGUGGGCAGAAUCAGAGGAAAAAAACAAACACCUGAAGCUUUGUCCUGAGGAGGGGCAAUGGAGAGCCUGGGGUGACAGGGCUGAGCAAGAAGGGACAGGAGAUGAAAGACACUGGGAGGAUGACAAAGGAUUGG